AUGGAAUCUUUUUCGCUUGCCGCACAGCACGCAGGUGGCAUCAACCACAUACACACGAUCCGCCUUGAUCCGAGUACUGCAGCGGCGAAGGGGAGUCCCAAUCGCCGACCGAAAAUCACACACCCGACAGCAAUCCCAAAUGAGCAGCUCCCCCAAAGAGCUACUGAAGCAUUAUUUCGUGCCCCAUUACUAGAGCCUUUUGUCGGAGAGCGACCACGACAACGCAGGAUUAGUCGGAAGAAAUAUGGCGUCCGAGUUAGCAGGCGUCUUUCCUCACGAGGAGGAACUGGAGAGUCCGCGAGUAGCGGCAAACAGUAUUCACUAAUGCAAGUCUCCGAGUUCAACGAAGACCACCCAUAUUGGGGUACACUAAGGCACUCGCAAAUACCUAAUCUAAAAAAUCAGGCAACCACCUCCGUUGAAGAUAAGAAGCUCUGCGGGGAUCGUGCCCCGUCGCAACCCGUUGGCUACAAAAAUUCUUCAACCAGAAAAACUGAACAUACCAACCCGAUACACGGAGGUCUGAGGCAGAAAGGCAUGAGCACCGUAGUGCAUAAUCGAGGAAAAAUCCGAGAGAAGAGAUUUGGUCUUGCAGACCCCCUCGUCUGGGAUGCAAUUAACAGAUCACUAGGCCAACAACGACAGUUAUCAACUCUAGUCAUACCAGAAGAUGCGGCAGUAGAGCAUUAUCAGUCAUCAGAAAUUCCGUCCCGGACAUCAAGCCAGCGCAAGGCCUUAAAUCGCUUCACAAGACAGCUUGAGAAAUACGCGGACGCCACUGGGGCAGCUGGCAAGGUUCCAGUCAUGACACCCACCGAGUCUGACUCGAAGUUAUCCUAUCAUACCGUUCAACCGCUCCUACCAUAUCAGAAAGAAUUUCAAGCAGCUGGUCUUGCUGUAACGUCGGCAGAGCAGAGUCGAAGGCCUCGGAUUAAGGAUAGAGACGGCUUAAAGCCCAUAAGCAGCUCGGUUAAGUACGUUCAUGCCCCAGUACAGACGGAUGGCGGAUUUGAUAGACAAGAUGAAGCCCUAAGCGAGCGGUCAGCUUCGAGCUCUGGGUCAUACGUAGAGUUUACUCCAGCUGGGAAUCCAAUCGAGCCAUUACCAGUUCCAAAGUCCAAGACGAAGAAAUCGAUAUCUAAAGACAAGGGAAGCAUUUUACCAUGGUUAAGGAAGAAGUCACCUUCUAGAGAGAACCGCACCGCUCAAGCUAAGCCACAAUAUAAACCUCAGUCUGUCAACGACACUCAAGUUAGAAAUCAGGCAAGGAGUAGAGACCACCAGCAUACACCACACGAUCGUUCUUCUCUCAGUCCCAGAACUCGACCGUCUGGACUCCGCCGUAAGGCUAGUUCAAGGCCAGCCGCUCCUUCUGCAAACAUCACCACACGUCAUGAGUCGCCAGGCAGGAAUAUAUCAUGGAUAGAUGUCGAGCAGGGUGACCAGAGACUGCAUUCGGGGCCAGCAGCUCCGCGAGCCAGUCCAGAACGUGAGAUAAGACAGCCAAUAACGCAUACCGGUCUACGCAAGCGAGAUAUUGCCAUGGCUCGUUUACCUCUCCCUGCAACCAUUAAGGAGGAAAGGGAGAGCUCCCCAAUUCGUUCCCCAACUCGCACAGAUCAAUCAAAGAUUCAAAUAUAUCCUCGUCUCGAAAAAGAUGUGCCAAUUCCUUCCGCCGAAAUUAGCCAACGUAAACGUACUAUUUCGCCACAAACGACACCAUCCACCCUUCCUUCGCUACCAUCAGCAGCGCGUUACGCUGUCAGUCGAGCUUCUUCUUUGGAACGAGCGCUAGAUGAAGUUUCUCAGCACCUUGAAAAGUUGGAACAGGAAGCCAAUGAGUCGAAUAAAUUAUGCGAUCACCCUCCAACCUUGGUAGAUAGGACGAAUCAAAAAUCGUGCUCACCCUACCACACCGACAACCGGGCUUCCGGGGUGACUCCCACACGUCGGCCUCGGAAGAACGAAAAAGUCAUCUUUGUAAACCGAAGGAUGCCGCCGGUUAAAUCGCCGAUGCGAAAGAAGUCGUCUCAAUCUCCACCCAAGCCGACUCGUGAGGCCCCUCCGCUACCACCGCCAAAGCACUCAACGACGAAAUCUUCAACGCAAAAAAAGCUACCCAAGGUACCCCAGACGGAGGACAUUCUAAAGGAUCUGGACGUAUUCUUCGACUACGACGAUGCAGAUAUCAACGACAGGGAUGUGAUCAGGGGUCUCCAGGUGGCCAUACACGCGGCAGCGGAUAACAUGUACGAUGCGAUGAUUCGCGAGAGAACAGGGCUAAGGAUUCGACGAUUUCUAGCAGAUCUGAGGGCAGUAGGCGAGAUGCAAGAUGAGGACCCGGUUGGCCAAUGCGCUAAAGAGCGACUCACGAGGUCUACAAGGCUUCUAGACACGCAGGGGGAGAAGAGUAUACAUCAGGGUGAUUCGUAG